AUGAAUAAAGAAAUAGAAGAAAAAUAUAUGGAAAUUAUGUUAAAAAAUUAUUUUCAACAAACAGAAGAUAUUAGACCCUGUCCAAAUAAUAAAUGCAAUUAUUAUGUAUUUCUUCCUACUAAUAGAUAUGGUUAAGAAUUCUAUAGUCAAUAAUGCAGUAAAAUAUUUCAUAUAUAUAGAUUUAAAUGGGUUGAUAAACAAUAUUUAUCAUAUGAUAAAUUAUUUAUAUUAAGGAUUAAUCAUAGAAAGAAUCUCAAAUUGUCAUCUGUGUUUGAAUUCAUUUCUACAUAGGAAUGUGCAAACUGUUAUUCAAUUUCUAAGAUACAUAAUUCAUAUCCUUCCAAUCAAUAAAUAUAAAAUAUUAAAGAACUUUGA